UGGAAGAAGCAUCCCUACUCUCCCGGGCUAACCUCGCCGCCGCAACUUUUCCGAGCACUUUGAAACAAAAGAGAAUGGGCUCAGCACAGUCUUCACAACUCCUCGACGAUGAAGAAGAAGACGACGAAGAAGAAGACGAACCAGAAAUCGAAGAAGCUAACGACGGAUUAAACAGAAGAGAGCUAGACAAUGUCUUAGUGAAAAAAGUCCUCGAGCAAGAGCCUGAGAUGCUCCCCUGCCACGCGUCAGCUUCCCCGCUCUCUCCUCAGCUCUCUUCCCUCGGGACGCCUCGAAUCGGACCUUCGAUCAAAGUGUGGGACCCUUACAACGUCCUCUCUCCUCAUCCCCCUCCUCCUCUAUUGGAACACGAUCGCUCCGUUACGGAGGUUUAUUUAAUCAGCCACGGAGAGUGCGAUCUUAACCUAAGGCCUGAUCUGGUUGGAGGGAGGUGCCACGUGGCGAAUCUUACUACCAACGGGAAACGCCAGGCGAGGGCGUUAGCCGUGUUUUUGAACUCCGAAGGUGUUCGGUUUAACUCCGUCUUCUCUUCGCCGUUGGAUCGUGCUAGAUCCAUGGCUGUUUCCGUUUGUCAGGAAAUGAAUUUUCUAGAGGAGCAUGUACAGUCAUCAGACGCUAUUGUGGAGAUGAGUUUAGGAGAGUGGGAAGGAUUCCAUAGAUCAGAGAUUUAUACUCCUGAAAUUUUGAGUUUGAUAGAGAGAUGCCAACCUGAUUUCUCACCUCCUUCAGGAGAAUCACUCAGACAAGUUGAGUUUCGGAUGGUUCAGUUUCUGAAUAAGCUCAGGUCUACACAUCACAUCAAUGCCCGAGGAGGAGGGUUGUCACAGAGUACUACUCCUCACUCGCUAGCUACGUCUAUUCAUCGUCCGAGUUUGACAAGGAAGAAGUCUGGGAAGAGCAGGUUUCAGGUGAUGAACACUUCCGGUGAUCACGAGGGUAGUGAAGAGAUGUUUAAUCAUCAGAAUGAUGAGCAGCACUUGGGUGAUAUAAACGCCAAGAGUUCCUCGUCUCAACUCCCGACCUGCGUUGGUGUUUUCACACAUUCGUUACCUAUAAAGUGUCUUCUUACCGGUAUACUCGGAUGCAGCUCGGUGAUGACGCAUAAGAUCUGUGUGGAGGAUUCCUCCGUGACCGUGUUACAGCAUUCGUGGAAAACCGGGUGGCAGGUGAAGCGGUUGAAUGAUACCGCUCAUCUUAGACUGUUGUAGUAGCAUCAUCUAAAAAGCUGGUAAAUUUUCACACGCCAUUAGAGUCUGCAGAAAGAUCAACAAGCUUUGCAGAUUACAUGCUACUGCCACUAGCCUCUUGUAUUGUUUGUUUUUCUGUUUUGUGCAAGAAAGAAAAAGAAAUGCUAAAGGAUUACUCAUUAAAAUUUUGUCUUUACCUCCUUGUUUUGUUUGAUUCAUUGCAUUUGCAGAGGUUCUAAAAGAGUCUUCUGUAAUUCCUAUACUAGUAAAC